GUGUGUGUGUGUGUGUGUGUGUGUGUGUGUGUGUGUGUGUGUGUGUGUGUGUGUGUGUGUGUGUGUGUGUGUGUGCCUGUGCGUGUGUGUGAGAAAAUAUAAAAAUAUAGCUGGUGUGCACUGUAUGUGUGUUAGUGUGUGAAGGCAAAGUGUGUCAUCAUCAUAGUGGGAUGAUGCUCCCCCUCCACACACACACACACACUCACACACAUAUAUUGACAGUAGCUGAAGGCUGUCUGAGGAUCAAUAAUAAUACAAAGUAUGUCAUUUUCGAUUACACGCUGCCAUUUUCACAGUUGAUACCUUGGCGGGAAGGUCCAUGGACCUCCCUCAGGGAGCCAAGUGCCAGAAGGGAGGAGGAGGAGGCGGAGGAGGAGGUGAAGGAGGGAGGAGGGCGGGAUGCUGCCGUAACACGAAGCCUUUCACCGCUGUCCAAUGCCCACCGCCUUUUCCAAACAUCGUCAAGAUUUUCUGAUGCUCCGAGAAGACCUGCUGAGACGCUUUACAGCAACUUUUCUUCAACGGACGUGAUGGCAGGCAGCCCCGAAAAGAUCGCCCUGGGUGAGCGCACGCUGUCGCAGUCGCGCGACCAUCUGACGCCGCCUAGCCGCACGGAGAGUACGGUGUUUAGCCUGUCCCGCAGCGACUCGCUGUGGACGGCCGAGACACCGCCGGACCGCUGCCAGGUCUUCUGGUUCCCCAUCCACUUCAUGUCGACGGGCGGCGGCUUCCUGGCAUGCGGCGUCAUCAUCAGCGGCCUCUACUUUGCCGGCCACAGCCGCAAGGUUAGCAAUAUCCUGGGCCCCGCCCUGCUCUCCAUCGGCCUGAUGGUUUUCGUGGUGGGCGUGGUACUCAUCCCCAUCACCAGGGAGAACCGGCGGCGAGCCUUGAAGAAGCCGCUCACCUUCCACCGCCAGCCCGUCUUCAACGUAUGACUCCAUCGGGAUUUCGAUUCAGUGGACCUCUA